CUACUAGGAAAAAACUAACCAAUUAAUUUAAUUAUAGCCCAUAAAUAUAAUAAACAACCAUAUAUAUUAUGAUCAAAAAAUUGACUUUUCUUAUUACAAUUCUCCCCUUUUUCUUCCUCUCUUCUCCCAUCAUCAUCUUUCAUCCUAUUCCUCGGUGACCCUCUUCACCUCCAUUUCUUCCGGUGGGUCGCCUCCUUAACCCAAUUCCCAAAAAAUCCCAAAAAAACUAAAAAUCCCUAAAAACCCAAAAAAUCCCUUUACCCAGAAAAACCAAAUCCCUAAAUUGAAAAAACCCCCAAAAAAAAUUCUCACUGAUUCAUCAAUGGCGUCACCUGACAUGGCCGGAGCUCCACCACCACAAUCCGUCGAUCCAGAAGGAAUCGACGGUGUUCGUAUGACUUGGAAUGCUUGGCCUCGCACAAAAGUUGAAGCGUCGAAAUGUGUGAUCCCAAUUGCAGCGUCGAUUUCUCCGAUCCGCGCAAACCCAGAAAUUCCGACGCUUCCUUACGCUCCACUUCGAUGCAAAACUUGCGUCGCUGCUUUAAACCCUUAUUGUCGCGUCGAUUUCACUGCAAAGAUCUGGAUCUGCCCUUUUUGUUUUCAGCGCAAUCAUUUUCCUCCUCAUUAUUCCGGCAUAUCUGAGAACAAUGUUCCUGCUGAACUUUACCCACAAUACACAACUUUAGCUUAUUCUCUCUCCUCAAAUCCGGGUGACCCGCAUUCUAAUUCGGGCUUAAUUCCGCCUGUUUUUCUGUUUGUUCUUGAUACUUGUAUGAUUGAGGAAGAAUUAGGGUUUGUGAAAUCUUCAUUGAGAAGAGCGAUUGUUUCUCUACCUGAUAAUGCACUUGUUGGGUUUAUAUCAUAUGGUACGCAGGUGCAUGUUCAUGAGUUGGGAUUUUCUGAUAUGAAUAAAGUUUAUAUUUUUAGGGGUUCUAAGGAGAUUACUAAGGAUCAUGUGUUGGAUCAGCUUGGAUUGGGCCCUUCUUCAAGAAGGGGUGGGCCUGGACAUGUUGGGGCCGGGCCUGGGUACCCUAAAGUUGGGCAGCAGCAGGUUGUGCAAAAUGGGUUGCCUGGUUCUGGUGUUGAUCGGUUUUUGUUGCCGGCUUCCGAUUGCGAAUAUACGCUUAAUGCGUUAUUGGAUGAGCUACAAACAGACCAGUGGCCUGUUCCACCUGGAAGCAGAGCACUGCGGUGCACAGGUGUGGCAUUGAGUGUAGCUGCAGGGUUGCUUGGAGCUUGUUCGCCAGGUACUGGUGCUCGGAUUAUUGCUUUGGUGGGUGGUCCUUGCACAGAAGGGCCAGGAACGAUUGUAUCCAAAGAUUUGUCAGAUCCUGUACGUUCACACAAGGAUCUGGACAAAGAUGCUGCACCUUAUUUCCAAAAAGCAGUAAAAUUUUAUGAUACUCUAGGUAAACAGCUUGUUAGUCAGGGUCAUGUUUUGGACCUCUUCGCCUCUGCACUUGAUCAGGUUGGAGUGGCAGAAAUGAAGGUUGCUGUUGAAAAAACCGGCGGUCUUGUUGUGUUAUCAGAGAGUUUUGGUCACUCAGUGUUUAAAGACUCUUUUAAACGUCUUUUUGAAGAAGGAGAACAGUCUCUUGGCUUGUGCUUUAAUGGCACCCUUGAAUUGUACUGUUCCAAGGAUAUCAAGAUUCAAGGGGCUAUUGGACCUUGCACAUCUCUAGAAAAGAAAGGCGUUGCUGUAGCUGAUACAGUUAUUGGACAGGGAAAUACAACAGCUUGGAAGUUGUGCAGCCUUGAUAAAAAUACGAAUGUGACCGUUUUCUUUGACAUUUCAUCUAGUGAACGAGCAAACCCUCCUGGAACUCUGAAUCCGCAGUUGUACUUACAGUUUUUGACCAGUUAUCAGAGUUCAGAUGGUCAAACAAUGCUUCGUAUCACAACUGUCAGUAGAAGAUGGGUAGAGAGUGUUGUUGGUUCAGAGGAACUAGUACAAGGCUUUGAUCAAGAAGCUGCUGCUGUAGUAAUGGCUAGAUUGUGUUCACAUAAGAUGGAAAUGGAGGAAGGAUUUGAUGCUACACGGUGGUUGGAUCGGAAUCUAAUACGCCUUUGCUCCAAAUUUGGUGACUACCGGAAAGAUGAUUCAACUUCGUUUACACUUAAUCCUUGUUUUUCGUUGUUCCCCCAGUUUAUGUUUAACUUGAGACGGUCACAGUUUGUGCAGGUUUUCAACAACAGUCCUGAUGAAACUGCCUAUUUCCGCAUGCUGUUGAACCGUGAGAACGUUACUAAUGCAGCUGUGAUGAUCCAGCCAUCGCUUAUAGCAUAUUCCUUUAAUGCUCCGCCAUCUCCAGCAUUGUUAGAUGUGGCAUCCAUUGCAGCUGACCGUAUACUUUUGCUGGAUGCUUAUUUCAGCGUGGUUAUAUUCCAUGGCAUGACUGUUGCUCAAUGGCGUAAUAUGGGCUACCAGAAUCAACCUGAACACCAGGCCUUUAAAGAAUUAUUAGAAGCUCCACAGCAGGAUUCUCAGAUGAUUAUCCACGAUCGUUUCCCUGUCCCCAGAUUGGUCGUUUGUGAUCAGCAUGGCUCUCAGGCUAGAUUUCUGUUGGCAAAGUUGAACCCAUCAGCGACAUACAACAACGUCAAUGAAUUGGCAGCCGUAUCUGAUGUAAUAUUCACGGAUGAUGUUAGUCUUCAGGUGUUCUUCGAGCAUCUUCAGAGAUUGGCCGUGCAAUCUUAAUGACAGUAAAAAAGGAUUAAAUCCUCGUUGUACAAGCUAAACAGUAUGGAGUGGUGAAUAUGGGUUAUUCAGCUGCUAACCUCUCAAUGCCUUGCUAAUUCCCCCAUGAUUAAGUUUACCUGAAGAUAAAAUGUGAACAUAUAUAAUUCUUUUGGGGGUGUUUUGGAGGCAUUGGAGGUUUGAGACAAUAAAAGGAGAGAAUGCCCAGUUGAGUUUUUAAGUUAUACACAAGGCACGAUCGAUAUAUAUUGUGAAAUUAUCGGUUAUUUCUGGCGGCAGUUCUUAGUCAGGGUAAUUUUCUUGUAAUGAUCCUCACAGGUUAAAGUAUGACACUUUUUUUUAAAAGAAGAUUUCAUUUGUAUUUUGAAUUCUUCAAGUUUUCUGUAGUGUUUUUGUUCCUAGAAUUAAUAGGAACUAAUCAUGUGUCUGUCUCAUAUUCUUUCCUUGCAGUCUUAAGUUGUAGAAUACCCUUUUUUGUGUGUCAUGUUCGGACAUAUUUCCAGAAUUUUGGUACAGUGAGAAGGUUUUCUUAUCCUAACCAUUACGGU